AUGAGAGCCAUACCUUCACCAAGUCCACCACUUUAUCUUAACACUAAAUUAGAACUUGCUGCUUUCACUCUUUGUGGUAGUGCACUCGUUGAUUAUGAAGGGAUAAAUGUGCGUUUAAGUUAUGAUUCACAAAGUUUCACCAUCUAUUAUGGUCACCCGGGACACAUGGGGUCUGUUAAAGCUGUUAUGAUCGAUGAUAGAUAUGAUAAAAUUUUACUCAGCAGUUACUACAAACCUCAUGUUCAAUUUUCAGAUGUUUUUGAAUUUAAAGAUGUUUUUGGUGAUGUUCAGUUUCCAGUACGUUUUUCAGAUGCUAUUGCUAAUCCGAUGUCUGUUUUGCCUUUCCAAGAUACCACAUUAUUGAAAAUGAGAACUACAUUUUACAAUACUAAAUUUCACUCCUCAGAGCCUGGUGCAACUGGGAUGAAACAUAUAUAUGAACAUGAUCAUUUUCCUGAUAAUUAUGCUCCACCAAAACAAUUUAAAGAUGAACAAAGGAAAAGAUACAUAGCAACGGCUUGUUUCAAUGGGUUUAAAAAAUCAGCAAAGAAUGGGAUUCUACGACAACAAGAGGAAGCUUACAAUUCUGAUGAUGAUGAAGAAAAAAAUGAUAAGAGUGUAUCAAUUCCUGAAUCCACAAAUAAUCCAUACACGCCUGUCGAAUAUCCUGGUAUUCCUUUCGGAGGUCAAAGCUCAUUUUUGAUUGGACUUAAUAGCCAGAACCCCUUCACUAGAGCUAGCUAA